UCUUCAGUCACGUUCAUGCUGCUAUACUUCCAUCGUUCUUUUACGACACAGCCGGGAUGCUCAACCUGUGAGUGGCAAUGGCAUCACCAUUUCGCAAAGCGAGUCUAAUACCCUCUCCGGGAUUGCAGGAUGCGGAAGACACUCUGUAUGGAAUCUCUGAGACGAGCAGGGUGCUCCUCAUCGCUGCCUUCAUCGUGUUUGUCGUCGGCGGAGCGGCAUCUAUUGGGGGUGUCGCCUACAGUGCAUCUGUUGUUAUGUACUCGGGCCUUGUCGUCUGUAUUCUGGGUGUUGGCAUGUACACUAUCGUCGUUAUGUUUACCACAAUCAACGGUCCUCCGGCAGGCAUCGAGCUCAGACACUUUGAAGCAGUAGUCAAAGUGAAGCCGGCUACCUUCCGCCCAUCAUUCGUGUCCAAGUGUCUCCACGCCGCCGCCUCCGCAAUGUUUUCCACCGGUUGCGUCAUGGUGGUUCUGGGAUUCAGACAUCGCGUGCUCUACAUGUGGAUUCCGGGCUACACAUUAUCGCUUCUGGCAUUUCUCCUCUACACGAUGACUGUCAUGUACGGUCCACUCGACAUCAAACCGGGAGCGGUUAUCAUCGCGUUUCCCGACGACAACGUCCUGAACUUUUUCGGAGAAGAGGAGGAAGAGUUUAUGCCGCCUAUGCACGGAAAGAGCCCUGGUUCUCAAUCACGAGACCCGAUGGCAGGCCUGUUGUCCCGCGACGCGAGGACCCCUGGAACACCUACGUCUGCUGCUGGACGGAAAUCGACGGAGGGACGUCGUGCUCAGGGCGAAGCCUCAGCGCCACUUGUCGCUGUUCCAAGUAUGGACGCCCUUCCAGGUCGUCCUAUAUUAAAGAUAAAGAAGUUAGACCGAAAGCCGAAGUGACGGCACAAUGCAUUUCAAAGCCUGACUAGACAGUCUGACUAUUGAGCUUUGAUAUGACAAGCUAUUAAAGAGAGAGACGUGCUA